GUCAUUGGCCUAGCCAAAGUCCGAAUAACCACGCACACGGAGACCCCCUACAAAAGAUACUGACCAUCAAAAAGACUACAAAAGAGCCAAGGGUUGCUAAACAGGAUGUCAGCACCAUUUGUAAAAGUGCCCGGACUAAUAAGGGUGCAUUGGCGUGCAGUUUGAAGACCAUCAGACGACGAGGAUGGGAAAAUUUCAUCUCCUGAUUGGUUCAUUGUUUUUCUUCUGUUUCUGCUUCUCUCAUGGAGAUUCUUCCACAGUUUCAAGAACCCAAUCGUCAUCAGAUGGAUCAGAAUCGUGGGGCUACGUCGAAGUCAGACCCAAAGCUCACAUGUUCUGGUGGCUCUACAAAAGCCCUUCCAGAGCUGAAGAUCCAAACCGGCCAUGGCCAGUCAUUCUCUGGUUGCAGGGUGGACCUGGGGCUUCAGGAGUUGGAAUUGGGAAUUUCCAGGAAGUUGGUCCUCUGGACAUUAACUUGAAGCCUCGAAAUUCAACGUGGUUGAAGAAAGCCGAUCUCCUCUUUGUGGAUUGCCCAGUCGGAACAGGAUACAGUUAUGUGGAGGAUACCAAGCAGUUGGUAAAGACCGACUGGGAAGCAGGAACAGAUUUGACCACAUUGUUGAUUGAAGUUUUCAAUGGUAGUAGCGCGAGCUUACGUAGAAGCUCCCCAUUGUACAUAGUUGCAGAGUCAUAUGGAGGAAAAUUUGCGGUCACUCUUGGAUUAUUAGCUCUGGAAGCCAUUCAAGCAGGGAGGUUGAAGACCGUACUUGGUGGAGUUGCAUUAGGAGAUACUUGGAUCUCGCCCGAAGAUUUUGUGUUUUCUUGGGGGCCCCUUCUGAAAGACGUUUCGAGGCUGGAUGAGAACGGCUUUGAACAAGCAAACAGCCUAGCUUUGAAAAUCAAGCAGAAGCUUGAAGCUGGUGAGUUUGAAGAAGCAACUGAUUUAUGGAGUGAACUUGAAAAUAGAAUCAGUGCCGACAGUAAUCAUGUGGACUUCUACAACUUUAUGUUGGACAGUGAUAUGGACCCUCUAUCCAUGACUGCUUCUCAGCAAGCAUUGGCACUGAAACGAUACUCGGCAUAUUUAGAAUCCCAUAAAUCUUCUCCAGGUGGCGAUGAUCGUCUAAGUACAUUGAUGAAUGGCGCCAUCAAAAACAAGUUAAAAAUCAUCCCUGCAAAUGUUAGUUGGGGCGGGCAAUCGGACGAUGUUUUUGAGAAUAUGUACGGUGACUUUAUGAAGCCAAGGAUCAAUGAGGUAGACCGAUUAUUGGCCAAGGGAGUGAAUCUGACUGUGUACUCUGGACAACUUGACGUCAUCUGCGCCACAAAGGGAACCGAAGCAUGGAUUAAGAAGCUCAAGUGGGUAGGGCUGAAAGAGUUCUUGAGCUUGGGAAGAAGCCCAAUCCAUUGUGGGGGUGACAAAACCACAAGGGGUUUCUUCAGGUCCUACAGAAACCUGCACUUCUACUGGAUCCUCGGAGCCGGACAUUACGUUCCGGUGGACCAGCCGUGUGUGGCAUUGGACAUGGUGGGUAACAUCACGCAGUCCUUAGCAAGUUCGAGGUGAAGAAACACAUGUGCACGCACAUCCUCUCAAGAUUCUACUCUUGUGCGAUCCAACUAGACUCUCGUUGUUGUAUGAGUCGUAAGGACCCUUUAAAACAUUCAUGUUGGUACUUGUUUCAAAUAUUAUAGUUUAGAUAUAGGAAAGGUUAGUCCAAAAGUUGUGGGGGAAAAAAUGUUAAUAACAUUUCAAACUUACAUGUUUGGACGACUUUUCCUAUAUCAAAAUAAUGGAAAGAGCGGUAACGUCUCUUGUGGGAU